GUGGUGAAUGACGGAAUUUGUUUGCAAAGGCACGCCCACCGUCGGGUUGCCAAGUGCCAGCGCAGAAAAUUAGGCACAUGCCCAAUAACAACUUCGAUGGGACACGAUGCCACCACGUACGAACAAUUGAACGGACACGAUGCCAGAACCUCCUGUGGAGGCCACGGCCAGCGAAGGUUUCCGCUCAGAUGCGACAGGCAUCGCGGAGAGUGCACGACAGGCCAAGGGAGGAGACGGGAUGGGCCAGCUGAUUGACUGGCGCAGGAUUUCGAAAAAGACAGCCUGACGAAGGAUCCAACCAUAUGCAGCUCCGAACACCGCGCAAGGCGGGUGAUACGAGGGGGAGGAGCGAUCAGACUGCGAGUGGCAUACGAUAUGGCUUCUCCUGAAAAUGCAGCGCGCCAUUAAAUAGGUAGAUCCACGCAACGUGUCAGGGGUGAACGUGUCAGGGGUGUGCCAGCAUGGGCACGGUCGGGCUUCUCGAGUUCUGCCAUGCAGGCCUUCUGUGGAGAUCCCCUGGGGCCACGAAGCGUGCGAGGAGCGUGCCCGCAUCGGCGUGGCUCGGGCAUGCGAACCCUGCCGGCUGGGCCCUCCGUCGCGCUCCCGCGGGGCCACGGCGCGCGCGCGAGGGGCGUGCCGGAAGCAGAACAGGCACUCGGAGGGCAGAGGCGGGGGCGGAGGCGGGGAGGAAAGGCUGGACACCCAACACUGCAGGAGGGCUGGGAAGAAGUGAUCCUCGCAUCCUGGCCUCCGGACCACGGUGCGAGAAGAAACGAGGGCAGAGGGCGAAGGGAGGAGAUGGGAGGGGCAGGAUGGAGAAGGGAGAGACCAAGGAGUCAUGCAGCGUGAAAUCGACGCAGAGGGUCCUUCUCUGUGCCAAGAACUUCCGCCGAAGCCUUGCCGUGGCAUGAAGGGCGGUGUUCAUGAUGCCGUGGCCGUCUGGGUGCCAGUCGUUGACGUGGUGGAGCUCGUGGCCGUCUCGGUGGUGGUGGUGACCGACGUGGCGGUGCCCGUGGUGGAGCUCGUGGCGGCAGUGCUGGCCGAGACGGUGGCGACGCCGACGGUCCCGUUGGCGUUUGCGCUCGACGCAUUGUCGGUGUCGGCAGCGGCCGCGGUACUCUCUCCAAAGUCCACGUUCGUGCAGGCGGACGGACAUUCCUUCAUGCCCGACCUGCAACCACACGAGACGGGGCACACCCCGCGGAUGGACGUCUGUGUACCUGGAUUGCAAAGGUCAAAGCCCAAGAGGGCUGACAGCUCGUAUGACGCGAGGAAGCGGCAGCCAUGGAGGCCACGCGGGUGCGGCACCUGCGGGUCCGCGAGCGUCCACGUGUUGUCCAGCAGCGAGACGGCAAUGCCUCCAGCCCAGAAUCGAGCCGUGAAGUUCUGGAUGCUGUCAACAGGCAGAAGGCCGACGCUGUUCAUCCCCGCUGCCAUCUUCUCUAGGCGCUCGCUCGCCCCCCACACGCCGUACAUGUAAGGGAUGAUGCCCCUCACGUAGGUCGCGUACCAGCGAGUGAACCUCCCCGUUAGCUCCAGGCAAUGGCUGAAAUUUCCCAGGCACGCGAGGGAAGCGCUCGGGUCGCCAAUCAGUUCGACGUCCAAGGCAUCGGUACAGGCACCCCUGGGGGAACCCUUGGUCCUGGACGAGUUUCCAGCAUCGCCGUCGCCGUAGUAAUUCUGGAUAAUACAGCGUGUACCCGAUGUACUUGAAGUUGAAGUACGUCCACUGGUCGAUUAUGGUUUGGAACUCGUAGCAAGACUGCGGACAGCCGUAGUCCACAGUGCCGAACAGUCCUGUCAUCCCAGCCAUGCCCAGCUGACAACCGCAUGCCUCGGGGCAUAGGGCGCGGACAUUCACCAUCGCCUGGUUUGAGCACAGCUCGGACAAGUCGAGAAAAGUGGAAUCGAUCUCCGAACUGGCGGUAGACAAAGCGGUACAGGUGAAGCCAGGAAUGCCCGUGACCUGCUCCAAGAACCAGUCCGCCUGGUCAAACGAAGCGCCAGCUUCUCGGUCGACGCACGGCAGAACGACGGCCAUUUCUCCCACCGUCCAAGAGCCUAUGUUCAUGAUAGCCUCGAAGUAGCCUGGUUCGAACUCCGACGCCUCGAGUGUGACUCCCCCGAGGGAGGCACUCAUGCCUGUCUGGGUCACCACGGCCAUGGAGAAAUUGGAUACCGCCAAUGCCAACAGCUCCUGGCCUGGGUCAAAUCCGUGCUUCGACUCCAGCUCUGGUCGCGCCACCUGCAAGAGCGUCUUCUCGAUCUGGGACCACCCCUGCGGCUGCGCAGUCCUGGUCACGUGCACCAUGCCGGUGGCUGGGUUCCUCGCGUAUACGAAAUCUUGCUCGCCCGAGCAGAGGAUAUCCUGCGCCUGCUUCAACCGCCAGAACACUGGCUCGAGCAGCAGAAUCUGGAUGAGAAAGACGCCUGCCACAACGAACAACAGCUUCAGCAAACAGUUCAGACCCGGGAUGCACUUGCGGAGCGGGGGCAUCGGCAGGGGCUCAAUGUUGUUCAUCAGCGUGUGAAGCCGCCGCGGCGCGAACAGGUCGUAGAUCAACUCGUCCAUCUCAAUAAUGAAGGCCAGAGCGAUGGCGUUGAGAACCAGGUCCGACAUCUGGGCGGAGGUCGCGAGGAAGUACACGCCAACGUAGCCCACGGAAGACGCGAGCAAGACCCUGGGAAGCGUGAUCCCGAACAACGCCCACAACAGCCGUGCCCUGCUCAGCGCCGUGACGCGUGUCACCACGGUGAGAGCCACGAGGGAGCCCGAGGGGAGGCCGACCCCAGAGGUCCUCUCCUUGGUGAGCUCCUUGAUCUCGUGGAGGCCGUCGGCCGAGCUGUCGGCCGUGAUCACCUCGGUGACCCCGCCGCGCGGGACCUGCAGGACCGAGCGUGUGAAGCUGUAGGCGGCGUUCACCUCCUUGACCAUGGAGCCCAGCCAACACAGCUGCGCCAGGAGGCUCAGCAGCGGGCCGCCGGAGGAGAAGGCCAGCGAGUCGGAGUAGAGAGUCCUCUGGGCAGCGGACAUGUGGAGCUUGUCCUCCUCGUUGCAGAUCUGGGAGGCCAUCGACCGCUGCAGCACCGUGUCCGCGUACUCCACGCUGUGCGCGAGGCCGACCCUGAAGCGGAGGAGGCCCUCCAGCGUGUCCGUGCCGACGUCGGGCUCCACCAUGAAGUUCCAGGCGAUCAUCACGAAGGCCGCCUGCACGAAGACGUUGAGGACGUACAUCGCCGCCAUCAGUGCCGACACCGGCUUGCCCAGGGGAGCGAUGCCCAAGAACAGGCAGCCGUCCCAGACCGACUCGUUCAUCUCGUACAUGUCGCCCGCGUCCAGCCGGUGCGACGUCAGCACGCCCAGGGGAAUCUUGGCGUCCGUCCUGCUCUCCUCGCAGGGCUCGGGCGACGGCGCGUGCUCCGCGUGCUUGUUGGCGCCGUGCACGUGGUGGCCGUGCAGCUCCGCUGGGGGAGCCUCGAGGGAGUGGCAGCGCCAGCUCUCCCGGGAGAGCGCACGCACCUCCGCCUCGAGCGCGUCCACGCGCUCGAGCAGCUGGCCGUCCCGUGUUGGCGGCGGCGUCAUGGCGUCGAUGCUGGGGGGGCGCGAGCGACUCUCGAGCUCUCCAUCGUCUCGUUGGCUGACUUCUGUCUGAGGCUGAGCUCGUUCAUGCCCUGUAUGAGGACUCCGACCUGGGUCUCCAGCGUGCGGAGCUGCCGCUCCUGUUUCUUCAGCCGCUCCUCGAGAGCGCGGACCUCCAUCGCGGCGGCUCCAGACGUCGGGAGGGUCACUGCGGUGGUCGACCACGCGGCGCGGCUCAAGCCGAAA